AUGAAUCUGGACACCAGGAAGACCUCUUCUCUAUGGAAGGACCAGGCACUGGUGGAGAUCAACAUAGCAGUCCUCUACAGUUUUCAGGUGAUUGCCAAGUGUUAUUGUAUUGUAUUGUAUUGUCUGCACAUUUCUAGACUGUUCUCCAUUGUAUAUAAAUUACAGCCUAAAAUAUUUUUCUUUAGAAGUCUUUACAUUAUGUUAGAAAUUGGGUAAUCUCGGCACCCAGAACCAAUGGUAAGGCUGUCACGAGUGACUAGAAAUAAAGGUGAAAUAGUAUGUACUUGUGAUUUUAAAUUGAUACUAAAUGUGAACCUGAAACAACUGCAAUGAAUGAAUUCCACAGACAGGAACUGAUCCCCAUUAUCUGUUCCCAGUCAUCUAAGGUAACCAUAGUGGACCACCACUCUGCCACAGAGUCCUUCAUGAAGCACAUGGAAAACGAGAUCAGGGUGCGUGGGGGCUGCCCGGGAGACUGGGUCUGGAUCGUACCCCCAAUGUCUGGAAGCAUCACCCCAGUGUUCCACCAGGAGAUGCUCAACUAUCGCCUCACGCCAUCCUUUGAGUAUCAGGUGAGGAGGAAGGAGAGUUUGUGUGGCCAGGUCAAAGUCAAAUAUUUUUAAAUACUUUAGCAGCACUUGAUUUAGUUUAAAAUUAAGCCAAAUCGAGAGCACUUCAAAUUGUAUUUGACAUACAGUAUGUACAGUGCAUUCGGAAAGUAUUCAGACCCCUUCCCUUUUCCCACAUUUUGUUACGUUACAGCCUUAUUCUAAAAUGGUCAAAUAAACUAAAAAAAUCCCUCAUCAAUCUACACACAAUACCCCAUAAUGACAAAGCAAAAACUGAUUUUUAGAUUAUUUUCAAAUGUAUUAAAAAAUAAAAACUGAAAUGUGACCGACCGCCUUGAUUCGGUCUUAUGUAGCAAAAUUUGAAAUUGCAUUUUUACAUUGGAUAAAAGCAGAGACACAGAGCUACAAAAUGGUAUAUCAUACACUGCAUUUGAGGAACAAUGGGAAAGUAAUUCAUUCUGCUUUGAAAGUUGAUAAACUUGUAACCCCACUUUUGAGAAAAUGGCCUUUGAAUGUUUUAGUACCUACUGGAGAGCUCUUCUAUGUCUACACCCAUUCAGCAUCGUUCACACCCUCUUAAGCUUUAGCCCCACCCAUCUCGUUUCGCUCUCGGAGCGUUCAGAGCGCACACUGGACGCUCUGGCCGAUGAGUAGGGAUCAAAUUUUAUUUGCCACAUGCGCCGAAUACAACAGGUGUGGACAUUACUGUGAAAUGCUUACUUACAGCCCUUAACCAACAAUGCAUUUAUUUUUUAAUAAAAAAGUACAAUAAAACAACAACAAAGUGUUGAAAAAGAGCAGAAGUAAAAUAAAACAGUAGGGAGGCUAUAUACAGGGGGGUACCGGUGCAGAGUCAAUGUGCGGGGGCACUGGCUAGGUAGUUGAGGUAAUAUGUACAUGUGGGUAGAGUAAAAGUGACUAUGCAUAAAUUAACAGUAGCAGCAGCGUAAAAAGAUGGGGUGGGGGGGCAGUGCAAAUAGUCUGGGUAGCCAUGAUUAGCUGUUCAGGAGUCUUAUGGCUUGGGGGUAGAAACUGUUGAGAAGCCUUUUGGACCUAGACUUGGCGCUCCGGUACCGCUUGCCGUGCGGUAUUAGAGAGAACAGUCUAUUGCUAGAGUGGCUGGAGUCUUUGACAAUUUUGAGGGCCUUCCUCUGACACCGCCUGGUAUAGAGGUCCUGGAUGUCAGGAAGCUUGGCCCCAGUGAUAUACUGGGCUGUACGCACUACCCUCUGUGGUGUCUUGCUGUCGGAGGCCGAGCAGUUGCCAUACCAGGCGGUGAUGCAACCAGUCAGGAUGCUCUCGAUGGUGCAGCUGUAUAACUUUUUGAGGAUCUGUGGACCCAUGCCAAAUGUUUUCAGUCUCCUGAGGGGGAAUAGGCUUUGUCGUGCCCUCUUCACGGCUUUCUUGGUGUGUUUGGACCAUGAGAGUUCGUUGUUGAUGUGGACACCAAGGAACUUGAAGCUCUCAACCUGUUCCACUACAGCCUCGUCGAUGAGAAUGGGGGUGUGCCCAGUCCUCUUUUUUUUUUUCCUGUAGUCCACAAUCAUCUCCUUUGUCUUGGUCACGUUGAGGGAGAGGUUGUUAUCCUGGCACCACAUGGACAGGUCUCUGACCUCCUCCCUAAAGGCUCUCAUCGUUGUCGGUGAUCAGGCCUACCACUUGUGUCGUCGGCAAACUUAAUGAUGGUGUUGGAGUCGUGCCUGGCCAUGCAGUCAUGGGUGAACAGGGAGUACAGGAGGGGACUGAGCACGCACCUCUGAGGGGCCCCCGUGUUGAGGAUCAGCGUGGCAGAUGUGUUGUUACCCACCCUUACCACCUGGGGGCGGCCCGUCAGGAAGUCCAGGAUCCAGUUGCAGAGGGAGGUGUUUAGUCCCAGGAUCCUUAGCUUAGUGAUGAGCUUUGAGGGCACUAUAGUGUUGAAUGCUGAGCUGUAGUCAAUGAAUAGCAUUCUCACGUAGGUGUUCCUCUUGUCCAGGUGGGAAAGGGCAGUGUGGCUGCAAUAGAGAUUGCGUCAUCUGUGGAUCUGUUGGGGCGAUAUGCAAAUUGGAGUGGGUCUAGGGUUUCUGGGAUAACGGUGUUGUGAGCUAUGACCAGCCUUUCAAAGCACUUCAUGGCUACAGACAUCAGUGCUACGGGUCGGUAGUCAUUUAGGCAGGUUAUCUUAGUGUCCUUGGGCACGGGGACUAUGGUGGUCUGCUUGAAACAUGUUGGUAUUACAGACUCAGUCAGGGACAUGUUGAAAAUGUCAGUGAAGACACUUGCCAGUUGGUCAGCACAUGCUCGGAGUACACGUCCUGGUAAUCCGUCUGGCCUUGCGGCCUUGUGAAUGUUGACCUGCUUAAAAGUCUUACUCACAUCGGCUACGGAGAGCGUGAUCACAUAGUCAUCCGGAACAGCUGGUGCUCUCAUGCAUGCUUCAGUGUUGCUUGCCUCGAAGCGAGCAUAGAAGUGGUUUAGCUCAUCUGGUAGGCUUGUGUCACUGGGCAGCUCGCGGCUGUGCUUCCCUUUGUAGUAUGUAAUAGUUUUCAAGCCCUGCCACGUCUGACGAGCGUCAGAGCCGGUGUAGUACGAUUCAAUCUUAGUCCUGUAUUGACUCUUUGCCUGUUUGAUGGUUCGUCGGAGGGCAUAGCAGGAUUUCUUAUAAGCGUCCAGGUUAGAGUCCCGCUCCUUGAAAGCGGCAGCUCUACCCUUUAGCUCAGUGCAGAUGUUGCCUGUAAUCCAUGGCUUCUGGUUGGGGUAUGUACGUACAGUCACUGUGGGGACGACAUCAUCGAUGCACUUAUUGAUGAAGCCAGUGACUAAUGUGGUGUACUCCUCAAUGCUAUCUGAAGAAUCCCGGAACAUGUUCCAGUCUGUGCUAGCAAAACAGUCCUGUAGCUUAGCAUCUGCGUCAUCUGAGCACUUUCUUAUUAACCGAGUCACUGGUGCUUCCUGCUUUAGUUUUUGCUUAUAAGCAGGAAUCAGGAGGAUAGAGUUAUGGUCAGAUUUGCCAAAUGGAGGGCGAGGGAGAGCUUUGUAUGCGUCUGUGUGUGGAGUAAAGGUGGUCUAGAGUUUUUUUUUUUGUUUUUUUUUUCUCUGGUUGCACAUUUAACAUGCUGGUAGAAUGGAUUUAAGUUUUUUCUGCAUUAAAUUCCCCGGCCACUAGGCGCGCUGCCUCUGGAUGAGCGUUUUCCUGUUUACUUAUGGCCUUAUACAGCUCAUUGAGUGCAAUCUUAAUGCCAUUAUUGGUUUGUAGCGGUAAAUAGACAGCUAUGAAAAAUAUAAAUAAACUCUCUUGGUAAAUAGUGUGGUCUACAGCUUAUCAUAAGAUACUCUACCUCAGGCGAGCAAAACCUCGAGACUUCCUUAUAAUUUGAUUUUGUGCACCAGCUGUUUACAAAUAUACACAGACCGCCACCCCUUGUCUUACCAGAGUCAGCCGUUCUAUCCUGCUGAUGUAGCGUAUAUCCCGUCAGCUGUAUGUUGUCCAUGUCGUCGUUCAGCCACGACUCGAUGAAACAUAAGAUAUUACAGUUUUUAAUGUCCCGUUGGUAGGAUAACCGUAAUCUUACGUCAUCUAAUUUAUUUUCAAAUGAUUGGACAUUGGCUAAUAGGAUUGAUGGAAGAGGCAGUCUACUCGUUUGCCACGGAUCCUUACAAGGCACCCCGACCUACGUCCACGAUGUCUCUGUCUCUUUCUCCUGCGAAUGGCGGGAUUUGGGCCUUGUCGGGUGUCUGUAGGAUAUCCUUCGUGUCCGACUCGUUGGAGAAAAAAUCUUCGUCCAAUACGAGGUGAGUAAUCGCUGUCCUGAUAUCCAGAAGCUCUUUUUGGUUAUAAGAGACGAUGGCAGAAACAUUAUGUACAGAAUAAAUUACAAAUAACGCUUAAAAACACACAAUAGUACAAUUGGUUAGAGGGCUGUAAAACGGCAGCCAUCCUCUCCGGCGCCAUCUUUUGAUCCGAGCGUUCUGACCUCAUGAAUAAUAAGAUCAUACACGUAAUGUUAGCUAGCGAGCCAGCCAGCUAACGUUAUUCUAAUUCCACUGAUUAUAAAAAAACUCAGUCCUCUAGAAAGUGGAGAGCAACACUUAUGCAGUUUUACUACGCAAUACAUUUUAAAAAAGCUGCAUUAGACAGGAUAACAUACUGACCAGCUCAAAUAGACAGAAGCGUGCUAUAUGGCAGACCAAUCCGAACUCAUCUGUCGGCAUGUCCAGCCCACUCAUUAUCUCAGCCAAUCAUGGCUAGAGGGAAGGUUGCUGUCUUUCUGUGGCUAAACUAACUAGGCUCGUAAUUUAACCAUUUUAUUUGUAUUUACAGAUGGCAUACAAGCUUGUUAUCAAGGCACAAAAAAACACAUUUUGAUAAAGAAAAAAAAAAAAGUUGAGGUAGUGACCCGCGACAUACGCCUAGUUUCCUGAAACCAGUCACAAAUAUAACAUUUACGUAAGUAUUCAGACCCUUUACUCUGUUUUGUUGAAGCGCCUUUGGUAGAGCUUACAGCCUCAAGUCUUCUUGGGUAUGACGCUACAAGCUUGGCACACCUGUAUUUGGGGAGUUUCUCCCAUUCUUCUCUGCAGAUCCUCUCAAGCUCUGUCAGGUCGUAUGGGGAGUGUCGCUGCACAGCUAUUUUCAGGUCUCUCCAGAGAUGUUCGAUCGCGUUCAAGUCCGGGCUCUGGCUGGGCCACUCAAGGACAUUCAGAGACUUGACCCGAAGCCACUCCUGCAUUGUCUUGGCUGUGUGCUUAGGGUCGUUGUCCUGUUAGAAGGUGAACCUUCGCCCCAGUCUGAGGUCCUGAGCUCUCUGGAACAGGUUUUCAUCAAGGAUCUCUUUACUUUGCUCCGUUCAUCUUCCCCUUGAUCCUGACUUGUCUCCCAGUCCCAGCCGCUGAAAAACAUUCCCACAGCAUGAUGCUGCCACCACCAUGUGUCACCGUAGGGAUGGCACCAGGUUUCCUCCAGACGUGGUGCUUGGCAUUCAGGCCAAAGAGUUCAAUCUUGGUUUCGUCCGACCGAAGAAUGUCGUUUCUGAUGGUCUGAGAGUCCUUUAGGUGCCUUUUGCCAAACUCCAAGCGGGCUGUCGUGCCUUUUACUGAGGAGUGGCUUCCGCCUGGCCUGAUUGGUGGAGUGCUGCAGAGACAGUUGUCUUUCUGGAAGGUUCUCCCAUCUCUACAGAGGAACUCUGGAGCUCUGUCAGAGUUUCUUGGUCACCUCCCUAACAGCCCUUCUCCCCCAAUUGCUCAGUUUGGCCAGGCGGCCAGCUCUAGGAAGAGUCUUGGUGGUUCCAAACUUCUUCCCCAGAUCUGUGCCUCGACACAAUCCUGUCUCGGAGCUCUACGGAAAAUUCCUUCGACCUCAUGGCUUGGUUUUUGUUCUGACAUGCACUCAACUGUGGGACCUUAUAUAGACAGGUGUGUGCCUUUCCAAAUCAUGUCCAAUCAAUUGAAUUUACCACAGGUGGACUCCAAUCAAGUUAUAGAAACAUCUCAAGGAUGAUCAAUGGAAACAGGAUGCCCCUGAGCUCAAUUUCGAGUCUUAUAGCAAAGGGUCUGAAUACUUAUGGAAAUAGGUAUUUCAGUUUUUUAUUUUAAAUACAUUUGCAAAAAUGUCUAAACCUGUUUUCGCUUUGUCGUUAUGGGGUAUUGUGUGAAGAUUUGUAUUUAUUGAAUCCAUUUUAGAAUAAGGCUGUAACGUAACAAAAGGGAAGGGGUCUGAAUAUUUCCGAAUGCACUGUAUUUGACCCCAGGUCAGGGUCAGAAUGUCAUUUUAAAUGUACAGUAACGUCAUCCACUGACCUGUAUGUUAAGCCUAUUGUGAAUCUCUCUCUACUACAGGCUGACCCGUGGAAUAACCAUGUGUGGAAAGUUAACAAUGGGACACCCACCAAGAAAAGAGCCAUCGGCUUCAAGAAACUGGCCAAGUGAGUAGAGAGAGAGGUCUUUUCAUUACGCCUUAGGACAACAUUAUGCUUCACCUAGAUUGUGGUUAGAGGUCGCCCAUGUAGUCCUGCUUGCUUUUUAUAGAUUGAAGUGCCCACUUGUUUCCUAAUCGUCCAUUUGGGACUAAGAACUAAUAAAUAUACCAUGUUAGUGAUUUUGUAUCUUAUUAGUUCACUGUAAUGUCCAGAGUUCUCAACUGACAUGGAAAUGUAUUGUACAUGUUGUCUAUUUAUAGUCUUUGUAAUAUCAAGACUCUGGAUUAUUCACUAUACAACUAGUAAUAUAACAUAUCACCAAGAUUUUCCAAUACAGAGAUCUAUGGUUCUUCGGUUGAAGGGUGCAAUUGUAGUAUAGGGCGGCUGGUCGCCUUAUGUCUGUUUAUCCUCCAUUUGCUUCUAUUCUCCUUUUUUUGCCACUCGAUGAAUGGGAUGAAACGAGGUAGUGGUACAGACACAGGGAGGAGAGGAAGCUGAUCUACUCAACGGUGUAAUUCACUCAAUCAACCCCUAAGGGAGUAAUCAGAACAAUGGUGAAAAAUAAGAGUUUUGCUUUUUACUUUCUUUCGUGCGUUGGGUGGGUUCUGAGCUAUUAUUGGAAUUGCCCCGAGGAUACGACGAGCUAUGAUUGCCAUCCGCUGUUUAGUCAUGACGUGCAGCACUGCCUGUCUGCUCGAGCGAACCACACGAGUGCAGAAGGAAGCUAGUAAGCAUCUGAGUUUAGAAGACUUUGGGGGGGGGGGGGCUUGUGGUGUAACAAGGUCUGUUUUGCCCUUGAUCACUGGUGCCUAUGAUUUAACUUCAGUUUAUUUCUGGUUACAUGAUAUAAAACCUUUCAUGAAUGAACCAUUUUAAAAUGUUUAUUUAUAGCCAUUUUAUUAUGUUGUGAAUUAUAAAUGUCUUGUCUCUGUCUGUGUGUGUGUGCAGGGCUGUGAAGUUUUCAGCCAAGCUAAUGGGCCAGGCCAUGGCUAAGAGGGUCAAAGCCACUAUACUAUUCGCCACCGAGACCGGAAAGUCUCAAGACUAUGCAAAAACCUUAUGUGAGAUUUUCAAGCAUGCCUUUGACGCAAAGGUAACUUUUUUUUUAUAUAUAUAUAUAUAUAUAUAGCUACCACAGAAGUUGAAUAGGAGUUGGUGUCAUGUCUAUUUUUGAUGCUAUCUUGAAUGGAACAUAUAAAAAAGCCUACUUCAAAACAUCCCCCUUAACCCCUUUUGAGAUUUUGAAGCAGGCCUUUUGAGGCAAAGGUAAACCACACAAGUUGACUGAGUUUGUCUUUUUUUUUUUGGGACGUUAUUGAAUGACAAAGCUGAGGCCCGCAGAUUUGAAAAGAGCGAGGAGACAGUUUUCACACCACGAAGGAGAAGUUACACGGAAAUGUGUCUUUUGUCACUUUCCCAUUCCCUCUCAUGCAGCAAAGCGCCAGGGGCCACAGCGGCGGAAUCAACCCAGCCAAGCGUUGAGCUGUAGUUUAAGAUAAGAUCAUAAAACACUGCGGGCUGUGUAAAUGUGUUUGAAAAAAAUCACAAUAGAAACACACAGCUCUUCGGCUCUCAAUCAUCUAGUGUUUCCCUCCAGGACAUCACGUCUUCUGUUUCCUCUUCCUAUUUGUUAAUGUAAUCAAUCAUACGAGAGCAAAGGAUCUUGUUGUACUUGAGUCAGACAGGCUGACGCAGAGGGGAUGAAUGACUGUGCUGGGUUGUGCGUUUCCUCUUUUCCUCUCGGUCUUGUCCAUCCCCUGUUUCCAACCUCGUUCUCUCGGCAUGAUGGCCCGUAGGCACGAAGGCUGCUGGAGUCAGAUGGCGAGUCGGAUGCCUGGGUGUUAAUUGUAUCGCAGCACAUUAUCACCUUGUUAAUGCAAGGACAUGGUGUUCAUUAGAUACUAGUGCUCUAUGACCUCAGGUCCUGGGCUCAGGACCGUGUGGAAUGUUUAUGUGGUUGAAGAGAAGGGGGUAGAGGCUUCCUGGUCAUUUGAAAUGUUUUGUCCUUUAAUAUGUCUCUGUGGUAUUUUUGGUAACUGAGUAUUUUUUUGUCUUGACUAUCUGCUGUUUUUUGUUUGUGGGAAAAUUAAAUAACUGUUCAAAUGUUUUAUUUCAAAAUGUCUCUGGUUCACAUCACAAUGAUGACAUCGUGUCAUGAAAUGUGGAUAUUUUGAUUGACACACUCAUGUUCCACUACUAUAGGUGAUGUCAAUGGAUGAGUACGACAUGGUGGACCUGGAGCAUGAAACACUCGUGUUGGCGGUGACCAGCACCUUUGGCAACGGAGAUCCACCUGAAAAUGGAGAGGUAUGAUUGACCAGUGCUGUGUGUGUUUGAUUCCCACAACUACAGUAUAUACCAUCUGUAAUUUGGUUACAUUUACAUAAGGUAAACCUGCAAGUGAUUGACUGAGUGUGUUUUCCUGUUUGGGUGUAGAAAUUCGGAGCUGCCUUGAUGGAGAUGAGACAUCCCACAUCUAACACCGAGGACAGAAAGUGAGAGCCCAUUCAAACAGAGCAUGUUUACAUGGGAUGCGUCCCAAAUGACACCAUAUUCCCUAUAUAGUACACUACUUUUGACCAGGGCCCAUAGUGGAUAGUGCACUAUAUCGGGAAUAGGGUGCCAAUUGGGAUGCAAUCAUGGCUGCAAGUAAUCCUCAGACAUCCUCAUACAGAUUCACAGCGUUACUUCUCAACACUUAACUGCGAUGGAUCUUUUUUUGUGGGAGGGAGUGUACCAUCUCUUGCCCUUGUGCCCUUGAGUAAGACCAUUAAGCCCUAAAAUUGCUCCAGGGGUGCUGCACUGCGACUGACCCUGUGCUCCUCCAAUAAUGGGUGUUUGUUUUUUGCCUGGGGUUGGGAGGAGAGCAGAAGUAUUUAUGUCUCUGCAAUGGACUAAUAAAGUACUAUUCUAUACUGAGAGUGUACAUGUUGUCCCUGUGUCUCCUCUCUCUCAGGAGUUACAAGGUGCGUUUCAACAGCGUGUCCUCCUACUCAGACACCCGCAAAUCCUCCAGUGACGAACCUGAGCCCAGGGUCAACUUUGAGAGCACCGGGCCCCUCGCCAACGUCAGGUACAGUAAGCAAGCCCAAGCUUAUGUCACACAAAAUCCGCUUGGAUUUAAGGGCUAGAUUCUAUCAGAUCCGCACUAGGCGACACCCGCAUAGGCAUCGGAGGUGGAACUGCAUUAGAGCUGUCAAAUCCACAAGCGGCUCCUUGCGUUACCUUAUAGCGGACACUGCCAUUGGAUGCAAUGAAACCACACCCGACUUUAUAAUUCGACAAAUCCCAUGCAGCCGUGUUAGAAGUUCAUGCAGCCGCGGUACGUUCAAACACACUAAUGUAUGAUGUUCUAUUGUCUACACCUUGAUUAGACAUAGGCUAUAAAUCCCCUCCAUCCAAAUUAAAACAUGCAAUAGCCUGUCAUUAUAUCUAUCAUCGAUAGGGCCGACACUUUCUAUUGCCGUUUUGAACUUCUAACGUGGUAGGGAUAGUAAGGAAGGGAGUGGUUUGUGACACAUAAGCAGCCACUCACCAAUUUGUCAAUUAAUACCUCAGUUAUACCUCCAACACUGCCAAAACAUCAGCUAUGCCGAUGUCAGCCAACGCAUGUUAAAAGCAGAUUCUGCUUGAGUCUAGGCCUAAAUAUAUUUUUAAAGAUACAUCCAGACGUGAGUACAGGUGAUAGCCAAGGUGUUUGAACUGAUAUGACAGGGAGACAAACCCCUCUGUCUGAGGAGAACCCCAGGACAUGUCUUCUUAAACCUGAUGUGUUUUGAUGGGUGUACGGCGAUGGGAAUGUCUCCUUUUACCAUCUCCACCUCUCAGUGUUUGCGAACACAGACGGGACAUCUGGUUCAAGAUAACACAUAAACAUCACUCUCUGACAGUGAUAACCAGUGCCCCCGCACAUUGACUCUGUACCGGUACCCCCUGUAUAUAGCCUUCCUACUGUUAUUUUAUUUUACUGCUGCUCUUUAAUUAUAUUCUAUUUUUUACUUAACACUUUUUUUUUUUUUUUUUUUUCUUAAACUGCAUUGUUGGUUAUGGGCUUGUAAGUAAGCGUUUCACUGUAAUGUCUACACCUGUUGUAUUCAGCGCAUGUGGCAAAUACAAUUUGAUUUGAACUCAUCCCUUUAUACUACCUGUCUGUAUAGAGUUCUGUGAAUACUGAGGAAGGAAGAAAGCUCUUUUGAGUAAUCUCCUUGUAUGUAGAUAGAUAUAUUGAUUUGACAAUUUCAUAAACAAUACAACCACGCAUUUAAAAUCAUCGAAGAUGACACAAAUGUUUUUAAAAACAUAUUUUCAUUGUGGUCCUUUUUAAAUAAAUAAAUGGUUCAAACAAAUGACAAACAAACAUAGUGGGCCUAGACUACAUAGUAUACCUAGCUUACUAGGCAUACUUGGGUAACACGUUUAAGACAUAACAAAACAAAGGACAGGACGACAUUGUCAUACCCAUAGAGUAUGACUCCCUCAGUAGAUCAGCGAUCUCAGGCUCCUAAACUGAGUUAGAUAAUGGUGAUGCAGUUGAUGCCAGAUGAUGGUGAUGUCUGGUUGUCUGAAUCAAAUCACUGUGUUUGCAUGCCUGUGUACGUGUCGUUCUCUCUCUCUCGUUUUCUCUCUCUUGUUCGUUCUCUCUCUCUCGUUUUCUCUCUCUUGUUCGUUCUCUCUCUCUCUCUCGUUCGCGCUCUCUCGCGCUCGCUUUCUUGUUCUCUCUCGCUCUCUCGUUCUCUCUCUUGUUCUCUCGCUCUGUCUCGCUCUCUCUCUCUCGCUCUCUCUCUCGCUUACUUUGGAUAUUUACACUAUUAACAUAAUUAAAAUAAUAAUCAUAAAUAUUGUCAACGGGACAACAGUAACAACAAUAACCAAGAGUCAAAAUAACCAUUGAACAAUAACAAUAUAGAGGACAUAUGCAGGUUUUCCUGUGUCUACCCUUCUCAAUGGCAAGGCUGUGCUCACUGAGCCUGUACUUUGUCAAGGUUUUUUAAAGGUUUUGAUCAGUAACCAUGGUCAAAUAGUUAGCCACGGUGUACUGUCGAUUUAGGGCCAGAUAGCACUGCAUUUUACUUUGUGCUUGUGUUUCCCAAUAACCAAUGUAGUUUUGUUUUGACUGUGUUGUAAUUUGGUUUAUUCUGAUUGAUUGGAUGUUCUGUGUUAGUAGAACAUGUUUGUGAACUCAGCCCCAGGACCAGCUGGAUGAAGGGACUAUUUUCUUUGCUCAGCUCUUGGCAUUGCAGGGCUUGGUAAUGAUAUGAGAGGGGGUCACUGUAUUUUAGAUGUUUCCAAAACUUAAUUGCUCUUUUAUGAGUUUUUAUUAUUAGUGGAUAUUGGCCUAAUGCUGCCCUGCAUGCAUUAUUUGCAGUUUUCCUCUGGACAUGUAGGAGAAUCUUACAGAACACUGCAUGCAGGGUUUCAAUGGGGUGUUUGUCCCAUUUGGUGAAAUCUUGUUUUGUAAGUGGACCCCACACCUCGCUGCCAUAAAGUGCAAUUGGUUCAAUGACACAUUCAAUUAGUUUUAGCCAAAUUUGAAUAGGUAUUUCAAUUUGAAUUCGUUUUUUAAUGGCGUAGAAUGCCCUGCGUGCUUUCUCUCUAUUCAUUCACUGCAUCAUAUAGGUGUCCAGUUGAGAUUAUUUUUAAACCUAAGUAAUUGUAGUGUGUGCAGUACUCUAUAUAUUUUGUACCAAUUGAGAACUUUGGUCUAAUUCCCUGAAAUCUGGAUCUUCUCUGGAAAGUCAUUAUUUUAGUAUUUUUGGGGUUUACUGCCAGGGCCCAGGUCUGGCAGUACUGCUCUAGCAGGUCCAGGCUCUGCUGUAGGCCAUGUGCUGUGGGUGACAGCAGGCACAGGUCAUCUGCGAAGGGCAGGCAUUUAACCUCUGAAUUGUGGAGACUAACACCAGGGGCUGGGGAUUUUUCUAGAAUAGUGGCCAAUUCGUUGAUGUAAAUAUUGAAGAGUGCAGGGCUCAGAUUGCAACCCUGGCGAAGGCUUCGCCCCUGGUUAAAGAAUUAUGUUAUUUUCUUGCCAAUUUUGAUGCUGCAUGUAUUGCCACGUAUUGAUUUAAUUAUGUCAUGUUUUACCCCCUACACCACUUUCAAUAACUUUGUAGAACAGUCCUGUAUGCCAAAUAGAAUCAAAAGCUUUUUGGAAGUCGAUAAAGCAAGCGUACAUUUUGGUAUUAUUUUGGUGGACAUGUUUAUCUAUCAGGGUGUGUAGGGUGUAAAUAUGAUCGGUCUUGCGAUGUUUUGGUAUAAAUCCAAUUUGGCUUUUACUUGACAUUGUGCUUAUUAAGGAAGUUUGGAACUCUUACAUUUAUAAUACUACAGAAAACCUUCCCCAGGUUACUGUUCACACAAAUGCCUCUGUAAUUGUUAGGGUCAAAUUUGUCUCUGUUCUUAAAGAUUGGGGUUAUGAGUCCUUGAUUCCAGAUGUCAGGGAAAUAACCUACACUCAGGAUCAAAUUAAACAGUUUUAAUAUAGCCAAUUGACAUUUUGCACUAGUGAAUUUGAGCAUCUCAUUUAGGAUGCCAUCUGGUCCACAUGCUUUUUUUAAUUUGAGGGCCUGAAGUUUCUUAUAGAGCUCCUGGUCAGUAAUUGGGGAGUCCAAUGGAUUUGGAUUGUCCUUUAUAGCUUUUUCUAAUCCAUUCAACUUCUCAUGAAUUUGGCAUUGUUCUGCAUUUGUGUCAAUUUUAACGGUGUUGUAGAGUGUUUUAAAAUGGGUUGUCCAUAUGUCACCAUUUGUAUCGCUAAUUCCUUUUGUUUUGAUUUUUUAAAAAGUUUUUUCAAAUUUUGCCAGAAGUUGUUUGUGUUUAUGGACUCCUCAAUUAGUGCCAGCUGCUUGCUGUUGUACUGUGCUUUUUUUGGUUCUGAGUGUACGUUUAUAGAGUUUUAAAGUCUCACAGUAAUGAAGGCGUAAUUCACCAUUAUUUGGGUCUCUGUGCUUUUGGUUUGAUUGUUCUAAGUUUUUUCCUUAUAAUUUUACAAUCUGCAUCAAACCAGUUGUCAUCUGUGGUCUUUAUUGUUUUGUUUUUUUAUCCAUUUUAGUUGUGCUUCUUUUGCCGUUUGCCUAAAUAAAUAAAUAUAAAUAUAUAUAUAUAUUAGUUGAUGUUUUUUACUGCUAGAUUGAUGCCUUCUUUACUGUGAGUGAAUGUGGUAUCCAGAAAGUUAUCUAAGAGUGUUUGGAUAUUUUGGUUACUGGUUGCUUUCUGGUAUUCUUCUGUGCUGUUUUGGGCCCAUCUGUAUGAAUUUCUGAUGUUGUACAGCUUACUGGGCUGUGAAUGUGUGGUUGUUUCCAUGUCUGUUCUUUUGAGGAACAACGGAAUUUGGCUGUGAUCUCUCGUUCUCUCUCUCUCUCGUUCUCUCUCUCUGUCGUUCUCUCUCGCUCUCUCUCGUUCUCUCUCUCUCGCUCUUGUUCUCGCUCUCUUGUUCUCUCUCUCUUGUUCUCUCUCUCUUGUUCUCUCUCUCUCGUUUUCUCUCUCUCUCCAGGUUCUCAGUGUUUGGCCUUGGCUCAAGGGCCUACCCACACUUCUGUGCUUUUGCCCACGCUGUGGACACGCUGUUCGAGGAGCUAGGGGGGGAGCGCAUCCUACGCAUGGGGGAGGGAGAUGAGCUGUGUGGCCAGGAGGAGUCCUUCAGAAACUGGGCCAAGAAGGUUUUCAAGGUGGGGUGACUGGGGGAGUCCUUAUGGGGCAUGUAACACGCGCACACACAUGCAUGAACGUGUAAUGCACACACACACACACACACACACACACUCUAAUGGUAAAGGUCUUAGUAAUGGACUAUACACAGCUGUAUUUGCAUCAGAGAAUGCUGCCACACCUGGUGUUAUGUAUGACAUGCCCACAGGUGUCUGCAUGAUAUGGACUGUUAUAUUCAGUUGUAAAUUAGGAACAACUCCCACACUCUGACACUCUGGUCUGUUGAAUCAUUUGUUCUUUGUCGAGGUAAUGUUUCAGGCAGCCAAAUCUUGUAGUGUUCUAUCACGUUACACUACUUCAAUGAUUUUAAUUGACACACACUGUAAAUUAUGGUCUCACUUUGUGUGCAGGCCAGGAGAUUCUCUUUCUUGAUUUCAUUCAUAAAUAAUCUCUAAGAAAAUAUUUUUAAAGACCUUUCAGCUAUAAAAGACAGAGCUUUGAAUAAUUGUCCUUAUAAAAGCAUGUGGUCUAACAUGUGCUGUGAAAAAGAGCUUUGAAUACAUUUUAGUCAUUUAGCAGACGCUCUUAUCCAGAGCGACUUAGUUAGUGAGUGCAUACAUUUAUUUAAUUUUUUUCAUACUUGUCCUUACAAGCGCCUAUGUUUGUCUGUCUGUGAAGGCUGCCUGUGACGUGUUCUGCAUUGGCGACGUGAACAUCGAGAAGGCACACGAUUUGUUGAUCAGUAACGAUCGAAGCUGGAAGAAGAGUAGGUUCCGCCUCACCUACACAGCUGAGGCCGCUGCACUAACACAAGGUAAACCCUGUUUCAAUGAACUUUUUCAACAAAAUAUAACCUUUUAGUUCUAAUGUAGCCUCCGUAAACCCUUUUAUAAGGCUUCCAAAGUCAUAUAUUGAUUCUUCAUAUUGUGAAUGUGUCCUCGAACAGCACUAUACAGCAUCCACAAGAAGAAGGUCUAUGGAGCCAAGAUCUUACAGAGCGAAAACCUACAAAGUUCCACAUCCAAGUGGGUGGAUUUUGUUACAAUACAAUACUGUAGACUAGACUGGAGAACAUAUUGAAAUAGGACUUUUCUUAGUCUCAAUCAGUUGUAGAAAAUUCUACUUCAUACGCAAAAUGUUACUGUAUAACUCCAAACUGUACAAUAGUUCCAAACUGUAACCACAGUGCUGAAUCCCCUAGCAGUCGCUCCACCAUAUUUGUUCGACUUCACACAAAUAACGAGGACAGCCUGAUGUACCAGCCCGGCGACCAUCUGGGCAUCUUCCCUGGCAACCAUGAGGACCUGGUUACGGCCCUUAUAGAGAAAUUAGAGGACGCCCCACCUGUCAAUCAGAUCGUCAAGGUGGAGUUCCUAGAGGAGAGAAACACAGCCCUGGGUUAGUAGUGUACUGGGUCAUCGUUUCAUAUUCUUAGAUAGCAAUGAAAAAUACCCUUGCAGACAAAAACAUGACCUUGGCCUGAACACCCUUGGGAAAAGAGGUAUUCUAACCUCAAUGGGAUUUCCUUGUUAAAUAAAUCGAAUAAAGCCGAGUUUGAUACCAGAUGCAAUCCGCCUAAGUGAUUUAGGGUAACGUAAUGCACAAAAAAGGCUAAUACUGUACUAUUAAAUGAUCUAAUAUUACAGUUUUGAUGCAUCUCUUCUGGUGUUUUAUUAGCCUGUUGUAUUUAUUUUUUCCUUCUGAAGGUGUGAUCAGUAACUGGUUAGAGGAGCCUCGGAUUCCCCCCUGCACCAUCUACCAGGCCUUCCAGUACUUCCUGGACAUCACCACGCCCCCCAGCCCUGUCCUGCUGCAGCAGUUUGCCUCCCUCGCCACCAAUGACAAGCAGAGGAAGAAGCUGGAGACCCUCAGUAAGGUAAUUUACAUUUUAGUCAUUUAGCCCACAGCCCUGGCGUUGCUAGCGCCAUGCUCUACCAACUGAGCUACAGGGGACUAUAAUGAAGGGUUUUAACCAUGUAGUUCAGUACAGUUUAUCUGAAGGAAUUCAGUGAUAGGACACACCCUGGUACUGUUAUCUGAAGUAAUUCAGUCAGUGUUAGGAAGACCCAUGCUACCGACCUUGGUUACUCUCCCCAUUGAGCAGUAGACUGAAUCACGGUGACAUCCAGGUGUUUACUACCAAUAUAAAAAAUAUAUAUAUUGUGUAGGCUGCUAUCCGACUCUAAAUAAAAUCAUGUGGGAUGGACCAAAUUCGCCACGUUAUCUACCGCCGGCGACAUGAGAUUCAGCUGCCCAGUGGGAAGCAACUCGCGUUGGGAAACACCUUGAUACAACACCGGUGCACUGGUAAUUCGCACUGGCUUGUUGUGCUUCCCGUGGGCAGUAAGUAAUGUUAGCUAAUAAUAUGUAUGGUGACCAAUAUUACAAAUUUUCUCCCUCGCCCAUCGAAAUAAACAUAACUUUCUUUUACCAGUUUUAGCCACAGAUGAAAGGGGGAAACUUGCACCAGGCUGUUGCUGCUGGCUAGCCAGCAUGGGUUGGUAGGUUUGUUUGAAUUCUAAGCAGAGAUAAUGGAGGAAUUGAGGCUUUCUCUACCGUCUCUGGUCUUAGUUCAGACUGUGGGUGUGGUCGAUGAACUGUCACUCCAAAUGUAUUGACCAAGAGUAACCGAUUUGUUGCCCCACCUGCACGUGAACAUUGGUUCAAAAAUGAAAGCGUAGGAAAAAAAGUACUGUAACCGUAGAAAUCUGAGUUGAAGGGAAGACCUGAGAAAGUCAAAUGUAGGUGAGGAAAACCUGCAAACAAAGUGAAGCAGAUUGAUGUAAAUGACAAACAUAUUCAAUUGAAAUAAAAUCCUGUUUAUUCCCAUCAAUAUCGUUUAUUUUUGGCUUGCAAUACCUUGAUUAUUUUUUGUUUACAAAUACGUAUUGGACUUUACAAUAUUUAUUUUUUCGUUUCAAAAAUCCCAAAGUUUUUUUAAUCAUUUAAUGUGAUGCCAUAGACUUUGCUCUUGUUAAAAAUAACCUUACAGUAGGUCAGUUUUUGCUGGUGCAGACGCCAUGGAAUUUAAGCCCCGCGCCUGGUAACCCACAGACAUAUUCUCUCCCCAUACAGUGACUCCCACAGAAGAAGAAAAAGCACGUCCAUUUUUGUCAAUGUGUUAAAAACGUUACGUUGGCCGAGUGAGUUUUUAACACAUUGACAAAAAUGGACGUGCUUUUUCUUCUUCUUUUUUCUUUUUUACUCACUCUUCAUGGUUCAACUCAUUCUCAAAAAACAAGAAAAGAGAAAGAUAAGGGUGGAGGAAUAAUAAACAAACAUCAAGCCAGGUGGGGCGGCAGGUAGCUUAGUGGUUAAGAGCGUUGUGCCAGUAACCGAAAGGUCGCUGGUUCUAAUCCCCGAGCCGACUAGGUGAAAAAUCUGUCGACGUGCCCUUGAGCAAGGCACUUAACCCUAAUUGCUCCUGUAAGUCGCUCUGGAUAAGAGCGUCUGCUAAAUGACUUAAAUGUAAAUGUAAAAAAGCCACAGUGGGAUCUUUAGCUACUGGCUGUCCUUACUGUUUUCCCUUGUCUGUUCAACUCCAGACCUGCGUGGCCCCCAGUGUCUGUGGGUUACACAAGGUACUCAGGCUAAGUUUAGACGAUGACUAAAGCCGGAAAGCCAAACAUAUGUAAAGUCUAUAAUACAUAAUUUCAUCAUCACAUCAGGAGAGGCAUUAGAUUAGCUUGUUGUGAGUGCCGCGUCUAACUGGAAUAUGUCUCACCUCUUCACCACCUCUAGGUGCGUGGAGUUGGAGAAACAACCAUAAUAACUCCUUUUCUCUGAAGCAAUACUUUAUUUUUUUGGCCUGGCUCCUUACACUAGUGUAUAUUGAACGUACAAAACAAAGACAUACCUCCUCUCCUCUUUCCUCUCCAGGGCUUACAGGAGUAUGAGGAGUGGAAGUGGUACAACAACCCGACCAUGGUGGAGGUGUUGGAGGAGUUCACCUCUAUUCAGAUGCCAUCCACCCUGCUGCUGACCCAGCUGCCUUUGCUCCAGCCCAGAUACUACUCCAUUAGCUCCUCACCAGACGUCCACCCUGGGGAGAUACACCUGACCGUGGCCGUAGUGUCAUACAAAACCAGGGGUAAGGGCUGACUGCUAGGCUGGGCUUAGAGGCGUAGAAUGAAUUUCCCCAUAAUCACUGAUCUUAGGUCGGUCCCUGUCCGCUAGGGGUUGACCUUUAUAGACAGAUACAGCAUACUUUUACUAGCACCAGAGGUACAGUAAGAGCUUACCGCCGGGCUGGGAACCAGGUGGGCGAGAGUUGGCACUUUUGAAACCAAUCCAUUGGUGAAUUCCGCCCACCUGGUACGCUGAAGGAGCAUUGCUAUGAUAUGAGGCUAUGCAGCACCAUGUUAACACUGACACAGCUAAAUGUAGUGGAGAUAUUGGGGGUGGUGCUGUUCUAAGAUAUGGUAGCUAAUUGAAUGAGUCAACCUUUCUGGAGCAACCUUAAGGGAGUUGAAAGCAAAAUGGAGUUGAAAGUUAUCUUGGAAAACCAGCUUGUGUUUUAGGGCAGCUCUACCACCUUUUGGAAUCACAACAGUACUUAAUCACUACAUGAACAAACAUCCAAGAUGGUUUUAACUGCAGAGCAUAAUGUGUGGUUAAAUUUGCUGCAAACACUAAUACUGUAAUUAUGGACAAUAUGUGCAAUAUUGCACAUUAUAAAACUGGUUGUUUGGAUGCUGAUUGGACAUGCAGCAUUCCAAGCCAUGCUGUAUUGGCCAUCAGACACACUUUUGUUCCAUCUGAAAAUGAACAUUUUUAAAUUUUUGUCAUUUAGCAGACGCUCUUAUCCAGAGCGACUUACAGUUAGUGAGUACAUACAUUAUUUAUAUUUUUUUCAUACUGGCCCCCCGUGGGAAUCAAACCCACAACCCUGGCGUUGCAAACGCCAUGCUCUACCAACUGAGCUACAUCCCUGCCGGCCAUUCCCUCCCCUACCCUGGACGACGCUGGGCCAAUGGGUCUCCCGGUCGCGGCCGGCUACGACAGAGCCUGGUUUCGAACCAGGAUCUCUAGUGGCACAGCCACUGCGCCACUCGGGAGGCUGCACCUCCAUAGGAAUAUCAUGUUCAUGUUGCUGUCCGAAUCAUCUCUUGUAUUUAUCACAACUCGCACAUCAUUUCCCCUUGCUUCCAGCCUUCCAUUUAGUUUGGUAUAGCGAGGAUUAAUAUAAGCCUCUCUGUCUGCCUAUUCGACCUCGGAAACAAUGUUUCACUUUUGAUUUUCGAUCUCUGGAAUAGUGAGUGAACGGUGCCUAGCCCAGAUGAGAUGAGACAACUUUUUCAGAGCCAGGCGAAAUCACACAUCAACGUCAUUAUCAUGGACAUAUCCAAGUAAAUGCCAAUAGGAAAAGAAAAGCUGAAACAAACAAAAAUGCAGCUUGUGGACUGUCAUUCCAGGUUCGAUGUUUGACGUGACUGAGUUAGCUGAAGUUGGCUAGCUAGCGAGUGACAAGAACGUUAUCCAGCCUGCAUAGCAACCAUUUUGUUUAGAACUGAUAACCAGUCCUUUUGCAUAGCAACUAUGCAAAAAUUAUUAAAGACUCUGUCACCUCUGUAGCAACAUGGCCAAAAUAACAAACUAGAUUUUUGGGCUGUGGCGGUCAUGAAAUUUUGUCCGCUGGUGAUUGUCAAGCAAAUAACUGCCGGUCUCACGGUAAUUGACUGUUAAUUAACAAACAUGUUUAGCAUCUCCUGGCUUCCACGCAUAGCCUACAAGCCACUGAUGCAUACCUUUUUGGAACGUCUAUGUUUUAAAAAUGGCCUACACCAUCACAAUAAAUCAAUUAUUUAUUUUAGACCGGUCAAAAGAAACAUAAUAUGAAGAAAAAUGUAGUCUAUUUCAGAAGAACAGAAUAGCAUACUCUGAGUUGUCCAUAUGUUAGGCCCUGAUCUGGCGAUGCCAAAUGGCUGCGGGCUACAUUAGUUCAUUUAGCAGACAAGAUUUGCUUAGAAGCCUGUGGCAUUAUUUUAUAGUAUGAAGAAUACAAUUGAACAUAAAUGAAUAAAAUAGAAAGGAUAUUUUCUCCAAACAAUUUCAGAGGGAGUGCGCACAUGUGGCUAUUCUGCGUUGAGCGGUUAACAAAGAAACCGGUCCUCCUACAGUGCAUUCGGAAAGUGUUCAGACCCUUUACUCAGUACGUUCUUGAAGCACCUUUGGCAGUGAUUACAGCCUUGUGUCUUCUUGGGUAUGACGCUACAAGCUUGGCACAACUGUAUUUGCGGAGGUUCUCCCAUUCUUCUCUGCAGAUCCUCUCAAGCUCGGUCAGGUUGGAUGGAGAGUGUCGCUGCACAGCUAUUUUCAGGUCUCUCCAGAAAUGUUCGAUCGGGUUCAAGUCCAGGAUCUGGUUGGGCCACUCAAGGACAUUCAGAGACUUGUCCCGAAGCCCCUUCUGCAUGGUCUUGGCUGUGUGCUAGGGUCGUUGUCCUAUUGGAAGGUGAACGUUCGCGCCAGUCUGAGGUCCUGUGCGCUCUGGAGCCGGUUUUCGUCAAGGAUCUCUCUGUACUUUGCUCCAUUAAUCUUUCCCUCGAUCGUGAUUAUUCUCCCAGUCCCUGCUGCUGAAAAACAUCCCCACAGCAUGAUGCUGCCACCACCAUGCUUCACCAUAGCAAUGGUGCCAGGUUUCCAUCAGACGUGACGCUUGGCAUUCAGGACAGAGUUCAAUCUUGGUUUCAUCAAACCAGAAAAUCUUGUUUCUCAUGGUCUGAGAGUCCUUUAGGUGCCUUUUGGCAAACUCCAAGCAGGCUGUCAUGUGACUUUUACUGAGGAGUGUCUUCUGUUUGGCCACUCUACCAUAAAGGCCUGAUUGGUGGAGUGCAGCAGAGAUGGUUGUCUUUCUGGAAGGUUUUCCCAUCUCCACAGAUGAACUCUGGAGCACCGACAGUGUGACCAUCAGGUUCUUGGUCACCUCCCUGACCAAGGCCCUUCUCCCCCGAUUGCUCAGUUUGGCCGGGCGGUGGUUCCAAACUUCUUCGAUUUUAAGAAUGAUGGAGGCCACUGUGUUCUUGGGGACCUUCAAUGCUGCAGACAUUUUUUGGUAACCUUCCCCAGAUCUGUGCCUCGACACAAUCCUGUCUUGGAGCGCUAUGGACAAUUCCUUUCAACCUCAUGGCUUUGUUUUUGCUCUGACAUGCACUGUCAACUGUGGGACCUUAUAUAGAUAGGUGUGCCUUUCCAAAUCCUGUCCCAUCGAUUGAAUUUACCACAGGUGGACUCCAAGUUGUAGAAACAUUUCAAGGAUAAUCAAUGGAAACAGGAUGUACCUGAGCUCAAUUUUGAGGGUCUGAAUACUUAUGUAAAUAUGGAACCUGUUUUCGCUUUGUCAUUAUGGGGUAUUGUGUGUAGAUUGAUAAACAAACAAAUACAUUUAAUCAUUUUUAGUAUAAGGCUGUAACAUAGCAAAAUGUGGAAAAAGUAAAGGGGUCUGAAUACUUUCUGAAUGCACUGUAUUAACUUAAUUUAGAGUUAUUUAUGCAACUGUAGUUGUGAUCCAAACGUUGGGCUAUAUGUUUUGAUUUUUUUUAUACAUUCUAAGGCUGUAUGAUGUGACUAAUGAUUUAUCUGAAAAAAGUUGCAUUGAAAGCAUGAGCUCUGUUUUGUUUCUCAUAAAGGCUGCACACAUCAUCAGUAUCUCAUUCACAAUUUGACAAGCACUUAAAAAUAUUCUCACCAGGCCUCAAAUUUCCCGGCGGCAUCCCCCUUGUGUGGCCAUAUAAAAUCCAUGCCUCUUGUGGCCGUUGUGCCCUUGGUCUGAAUAUAAUAAUUAUAAUUCCCUUCUGCCAAUUGCUAUGCUCCGACACACCUCUCACUCAUGGCUCACUCAGAUAUCUCAAUUCUUAUAAGCCAAUGCCUGGCAUCUCCGUUCCAAAGUAGGCUACAAGUGAAGACUGACACAUCGGGAACGCAACUGUGCACAUCCUUCUUAUCGAAUUCCGAGGCAAAUAUUGAAGAUAAUAGAAGAACUGUCCACAUUUACUUCUAUUGGUUAACUUGUCCUUCUGUGCGAGAAAUAAAAAUUCCAAACAUACUCUGGGACAGUUGUGGGAUGCGAUUGAUCCCAAAUUAAUACAACCACUCGCAUCAAAAAACCUUUUAAAAGCAAUGAGGCUGACUCAACAGAUCAGAACGUUUAGCUUAAAAUGUUGAUAAACUAUUAGGCUAUUUCUUCACAUUAGCUCAGCAAUGCUCACUUAGGCUAUUUCUUCACAUUAGCGCAGCAAUGCUCACUUAGGCUAUUUCUUCACAUUAGCGCAGCAAUGCUCACAAGCGGCAGUAGGCUAUAAGCGCAAAUGUUCCAAAAUGCUAUCAAUUAGCGGGAAAACACUGUUCUCAAAAGUGACCUUAAGUGUGAUUAUGCAUGUAAUGAUUUAUUAUAAAGGUGCAUUUUUAUGGAGAAAAUUAUCUUCCCCGUACUUAACUCAUGCGCCGCCUAUGUAUGCCAGUUAGGCUCUACAUCGGUUGUAAAGCAGAUUAAUGUGCUUAAUUUUAAGGUAUUUGGCCACUUUAGUUGUUGUGAUACAAACCUUAUCAAAACAUAUAGGCCUAUGGGCUAGGCAACAUACGGUGUGCGACUAUGAUUUGGAAAAGACGGACUUUUCUUGCCUUACUGCACACGCUGGGCAUCAUUCACAAGUGAUAAUACAUCAUUCACAAGUGAUGGGCUAAUAUUGUCACCCAUCAGACUAUUCUUGAUUUAAUCUAGUCUUUACAUAUAAUACAUAAUAUAUGUGAAAUUAGUUUUGAUUUAGAAUGGACCAUGUUCAUGCAGCUGUCUCGGAACAGGGGCAGGGGGAAAAUAUGCAUGUAAUCUAUGCACUUCAAUAGUGAAUGGAGGACACUUUUCCCGUGGUUCAUUUUCAUGCCAGCCAGGUAGGCCAUACUCCUGUUGCAAAGCAAUGUGCUUGAUAUUAGGAAAGUUGAGAAAUAAAUAAUGUAGGCCUAGCUUAUUGAAAGCUGAUGGGAUCCUCUUUUUAAUAGAGGCCAUCAACUCUGUUAUCUCACGCAAUUGCAUAGCCUAUAGAAAUGUUGCACAACAUGAGCUCAUGGGCUCUCAUUAAGUGUUUUUAAUUAGAUUUUCGAUUACAUUUGCAUUGUCAGAGUCAUUUAAAGGGACAAGGGAGUUCUGAGUACCAGGCAGUUAGCAAGUUUGGUAGGCUGCUAAUGACCAUCCGCAGCAUCAGAGCUUGGAGAAGCCUAGUUACCGUGACUAAAUGGUCACAUGGAAUUUGACUGCGGUCAUGACUCUUGACCGCCGGUGUGGUGGUAAUACAGUCACCAUAACAGUCUAGUCCGGACUGUAUCUUCUGGAAGAAUGAAAUUGUAUGAAUUUACUUAUCAAAAUAAGGUUUUAAUGAAAAUGUGUAAUUCAUUAUUUUUAAUAUGUUGGGAACAGUUUUAUAAAAGCAAGAAGGCAUGAGGCAGUGCUGUAUCAUGAAUACAGGUACAGUGCGUUCAGAAAGUUUUCAGACCCCUUGACUUAUUCCACAUUUUGUUACGUUACAGCCUUAUUCUAAAAUGUAUUAAGUAUUUGUUUUUCCUCAUCAAUCUACACACAAUACCCCAUAAUGACAAAGUGAAAACAGGUUUUUAGAAAUUUUAGCAAAUGUAUUAAAUAUUAAAAACAUACCUUAUUUACAUAGGUAUACAGACCCUUUGCUGUGAGACUCGAAAUUGAGCUCAGGUGCAUCCUGUUUCCAUUGAUCAUCCUUGAUGUUUCUACAACUUGGAGUCCACCUGUGGUAAAUUCAAUUGAUUGGACAUGAUUUGGAAUAGCACACACCUGUCUAUAUAAGGUCCCACAGUUGACAGUGCAUGUCAGAGCAAAAACCAAGCCAUGAGGUUGAAAGGAAUUGUCUGUAGAGCUCUGAGACAGGAUUGUGUCGGCACAGAUCUGGGGAAGGGUGUCAACAUUUCUGCAGCAUUGAAGGUCCCCAAGAACACCGUGGCCUCCAUCAUUCUUAAAUGGAAGAAGUUUGGAACCACCAAGACUCUUCCUAGAGCUGGCCGCCCGGCCAAACUGAGCAAUCGGGGAAGAAGGGCCUUGGUCAGGGAGGUGACAGAGCUCCAGAGUUCCUCUCUGGAGAUGGGAGAACCUUGCAGAAGGACAACCAUCUCUGCAGCACUCCACCAAUCAGGCCUUUAUGGUAGUGGCCAGACGGAAGACACUCCUCAGUAAAAGUCACAUGACAGCCUGCUUGGAGUUUGCCAAAAGGCACCUAAAGGACUCUCAGACCAUGAGAAACAAGAUUCUCUGGUCUGAUGAAACCAAGAUUGAACUCUUUGGCCUGAAUGCCAAGCGUCACGUCUGGCGGAAACCUGGCACCAUUGCUAUGGUGAAGCAUGGUGGGGGCAACAUCAUGCUGUGGGUAUGUUUUUCAGCGGCAGGGACUGGGAGACUAAACAGGAUCGAGGGAAAGAUGAAUGGAGCAAAGUACAGAGAUCCUUGAUGAAAACCUGCUCCAGAGUGCUCAGGACCUCACUCUGGCGUGAAGGUUCACCUUCCAACAGGACAACGACCCUAAGCACAGAGCCAAGGCAACGCAGGAGUGGCUUAGGGACAAGUCUCUGAAUGUCCUUGAGUGGCCCUGCCAGAGCCCGGACUUGAUCCCGAUCAAACAUCUCUGGAGAUACCUGAAAAUAGCUGUGCAGCGACGCACCCCAUCCAACCUGACAGAGCUUGAGAGGAUCUGCAGAGAAGAAUGGGGAAAAACUCCCCAAAUACAGGUGUGCCAAGCUUGUAGCGUCAUACCCAAGAAGACUCGAGGCUGUAAUCGCUGCCAAAGGUACUUCAACAAAGUACUAAGUAAAGGAUCUGAAAUACUUAUGUAAAUGUAAUAUUUCGGUUUAAUUUUUUAUAAAUUAGCAAACAUUUCUAAAACUGUCUUUGCUUUGUCAUUAUGGGGUAUUGUGUGUGUAGAUGACGGGGGGGAAAAAACAAUUUAAUCAAUUUUAGAAUAAGGCUGUAACGUAACAAUGUGGAAAAAGUCAAGGGGUCUGAAUACUUUCCGAAUGCACUGUAAAUGGUUUGACUGGACAAUGACAUCUAAGAUCUCUAUAUUGGAGCAUAGGCAUAUGUUUUACUGGUUUCGGGUUAACUGGUUUCUGUUUCUGUUUUGUAUUUGUGCAUAUAAUGACACUACAUACAUCUAAGUAACCACAAAGAUUAUUCCUCAUGCUUCGACGUGACUUAAAUCGUCACCAAUUUACCUCAUCUGCAAGUUAACAAACACAAACAGCUGGCGACAAGCAUCUCUUUCAAGCUUUUUCUCUUUCUCCAAGAUGCAUUGUGUGAGUGUGAUGUGCGUGGUGCUGAGGGUGAUGGUUUAAUUACAGUCAUUUACCUACACUGGAGACAAACACCCUUUAGCCCAGGGAACUGCAUUAUGUGUACUCUAUUUCAGAGUGUUAGUUUGCGUGGUGCGCAGUGGAGAGGAGGAGGUACGGAAGUAAAGUGGAUGAUUGGUAAUUGCCUCUUUUUCAGAUGGAGAGGGCCCUAUCCACCAUGGAGUGUGUUCAUCAUGGCUCAACAGAAUAGAGGCAGAAGAAAUGGUCCCCUGUUUUGUUAGAGGGUAUAACACUUUGCUUCUUGUGUGUGUGCUAUUGCUGCAUGAUGGCUUUUACUCGUUGAAUGGAAUACAUGUAAUUUUCUAUGAUUGUAAGUGGUGGUUUGGAGAAUAUCUUGGACUAUAACAAACAUCAACAUUGUACAUUGAUGCAUAUGAUAAGAUUCAUACACAACAUUGACUCUGUGUGUAUUCUACAAUCAUUGAGGAAAAACGCUUUGAUGCUAGUGCUAUUAAAAAUGCCCUGAUUCGUAGCUUAUAUGAUGUUUUCUACAAUCAUUUAGUACAUUUAUUUUUUUGUUAUGUCUUCAAUUGUAAUUGGAUGGAAAAAUUGCUUUGAUUGUAGUGCUCCUACAUUCCGAUUGCCAAAGGACCACAGAGCUCCGUGUAUCCUAGUUGGUCCAGGCACUGGGAUCGCCCCCUUCAGAAGCUUCUGGGAACAGAAACUUUUCGACUAUGAACACAAUGGUUUGUUUACGUUUUAGAAUAGGAAAAGCGCUCACAUACCUGAUCUUACUUGUGGAAAUUAUUCGAUAAGGACUUAAAAGAAAAGGAAAAACCCACACACUGCUGCCAGUAUCACUUGUGUUUAUUCAACUUUACAGAAUGCAACUUCAUAAAUAAACACUAGUAUUUUAGAUGACUCCAAAACAUUGUAGUUCAGUGAAAGAUUAAGUUAAGAUCUGAACUUACAAAGUAAUGUGUUUGUUACCGUAGGGAUCAAAUCCUGCCCUAUGAUCCUGGUAUUUGGGUGCCGGCAGUCCCAGAUAGACCACAUCUACAAGGAGGAGACUAUCCAGGCUAAGAACAAGGAAGUGUUCAAAGAGCUUUACACAGCCUACUCCAGAGAGCCUGGCAGACCAAAGGUACUGUUAACUUUAAAGAUUGAGUUAGUCCAUUUAAAGUUAACCCUCUUGGGGGUGUUCUACUAGGCUAACAUAUGGAAUUGUUUUAAGAUAGCCAAAUGAUCCUUGGUAUGACCAUUUGAUUUUGAAAAUGAAAUGUAUAUUUUUUGAUAAAACAUUGAAUUUGGCCUUACUGCUAUUAGCCCAUAGAAACACAUUGAAUAACAGAUUCAUACAUGGAAAAACAAAGUACAAAAAAGAAAUCUCAAGGAAGUUUGUUUUGAAGUGUCUGUCCUAUAAUCUGAGACAUAUAUAAGAAAUAUCAGGAAAGUAUAUUUUUUGUACAUGUAUUUAACCCCUUGUUUUAGGCACUAAACUACUUCCAUUUACACUUCCAUACAUUUUUUAAACUGGUACUGGGCUGCCUUCAGGUGAGGCUUGUGGGCGUCCUAGACCAAAACAACCCACAUGUACAUGUUUGUGAGAGUCUCCCCUUUCCAUAUUAGUGUUUAGCCCAAACUGUUCGGACACUACAGACAGAAGUUGGCAGAUCGGCGGUACCGACGUCAGACGAGUCCCGUGACGCUUGUGGGGGUGGUAGAGCAAAAUCACAAACAUGUACGCGUUUGUAAGAGUUAUCUUUUCAUAGUGGUCAUAUUAGUUUGUAGGGCAAACCGUUCAGACGCUACAUGCGAGAAGAGAAGACCGAUUUUCGGGAUGUCUCCUGGUCUGUGAAACACCGCUGUAGCAUGACCACAUUCAACCGCAGAUGCGGAAGGCCGCCAUUGGAGGAUGUGGUGGAUUGAGACACAGCCCAUGCAAAAAACAUAUCUCUAUAGUUGAAACAGAUUUUGAUGGGGAUGUUUUUAUUAUGCCAAUUAGAUUUCCGCGGGGACGUGGGACGUGAACAUUUUUACUUGAGGGUUAAACAUAAAAAUGUGUCUUUGACAGUAAAGACACAGCAAAACAGACAGAGGUCAUGUGGGAGAUAAGAACGUGUAUGUGGAUUUAUGAAUUAAAAGUAUGUACAUCUCUAUCCCUGUGUUUUUGUUUUCCCUUGACUCCUCACAUGGGGCACCAUUUUAUGUACUAUUAUCCUCAACCCCGAUGCACAAUCACUACAAUCUGUUCAUUGCCUUCAACUGUCAAUGAGCCUGUAUCUUUCUCUCCCUGUUUAUCUCUAUAUGGUUUUUUAAAAUCUCUCUCUCAUUCUCUCUCUUUCUCCCCUAUGUCUCUGACACAGAAAUAUGUGCAGGAUGUGCUUCGUGAGCAGCUGUCAGAGACUGUGUACCAGUGCCUGAAGGAGGAGGGAGGACACAUCUACGUGUGUGGGGACGUGGGUAUGGCCGGGGAUGUCCUCAAGACCGUCCAGCAGAUCAUCAAACUGCAGGGAAACAUGACACUGGAGGACGCUGGGUUCUACAUCAGCAAACUGAGAGUAAGGGACAAUAUGCUUCACCAUACUGUACACUGUUAACUAACAACUAACCAACCUGACAGACAAAACAUACAAAGUAACUAAGUCAUGCAAUUUAGAUUUGGACCUUGGCAGGUUCACUUUUUGAGAUGACUGCACUCCUUAUACCUACUUGUGGAUGAUUUUCAGAAAAUGACAGACACAUUCAGAAUGUUGUUCAGUGGGAUUCAAAAGAGAACUGAAUGGAAGGCUCUUACAUUAAUGACUCAAAGAAAGAGAAACCAAAAACACAACUUUCAAAGAUUUGAAUAAGCAAUUUUAAGACCACCAGACAACCAACCGUACAGACCAUGCAUACUGUACAUAAAAGGGGUAUAUAAUCAAACUAAUUUCUAAAGAGCUGCCUGUAACAGAAAAUAGGCAAUUUGAUCAUCUAAGGAAAGCUUUUAUCCAAGCCCUGGCCAUAAAAAUAAAAAAUUCAAGGCAAUGCUGUACUGUACACUACACAUCACUGUAUACCUCUUUUCUCUCUGUCCACAUGUCACCACACUGAAUCAAGUGUAUCUUCCUGUGGCCAUCUAACCUCACUUUGUCUAUUGUAUCAUUCUGUGCCCAUCUUAUCUCACAAAUCUUAUCAUCUCUCCUCGUAGGACGAGAACCGUUAUCAUGAGGACAUCUUUGGUGUCACGCUGCGUACCUACGAGGUCACCAACCGGCUCCGUUCAGAAUCCAUCGCCUACAUCGAGGAAAGCAAAAAGGACUCUGACGAGUGAGUCUUUCGAGUUUUCCCCCACAGCUUCCAUUCUGUUCCCCUCUAGUUCUCUCACGGCGACCAACUGUCACCAGGACAUCUUUGAUGUCUUUACAUGUUGUGCCAUACUUGUAGGAGGGACCUGCAAAGCUGUAGAUACACUGGAGAUAUAGCCUCUGGUCUGAUUUAUGACAGUUUUCAAAAUGCAGAACGGGUAACCAUAGAAAUCAGUUGAAAAGGGCUCCAACUCAACUAACCGGAUUGCAGUGUUAGCGAGGGGCUCUGUUAGGUUCUCCACUGCGUUUGUGCUUUUAAAGAUAAGAGCCUCCUUUUGAUCCAUAUACACUUGUCAUAAGAGGAGUGGAGAAUGAAGGCUGACUUGCACAAUGCCUCAUUAAAAAGCUGCAUAAUAACGUAUGGCGGUUUGUGUUGGCCAGCCACCAUGGUUCCUGUGUGAAAUGUCACUUGAAUUUCUCAGUGUUGUGAUCAAAACCCUUGUUCCUGAGUGAGAUGGAGGGGUAAUGCUUGUAACCUCUCUCUCGUUCUGUCUCUCGCUUGCUCGGUCUAAUGCCUCUCCCUCUCUCUCUGUUUCUGUCAGGGUGUUCUGCUCGUAGAACCAUAAGUGGGGCUUCCGGAUCUUUCUGAUGUGGACCAAUUGGAAGGGCCGUAUGCAGUAGUGGGGCAGGGAAAUGAGUGACACUACAGCUGGUCGAGAAUACUGUGCCAAGUUUUGUACUGUAAAAUUUGAUUUACAAAAUAUUUUUUGGUUUGUUUUUGUUCUUUUUUAUAUCAGUUCUGGUUCGUCAUGGUCAGUCAGGCUCUGCACUUAGUCUGUGGCAACGUUUGACAUAUGUUAUUUUCCAAGAACUUUGAGAUGUUUUGUUAAAUCGAUUACUUUCUGAUUUCAUUAUGCAUCAUAAUGUGCACCCAGUAUUAUACCUGCCACUUUGUUGAUGCAUGAGCAAGAUGAGAAUAUUAGUUAGUAAAUAUAUUAUACUGUUUGUUAGCUAUUUAAUGUUAGUCAAAACCUUUUGCUAAACUUUUAUAUUUGCAGGACUACUUCUGGUACCUGGAAACAAGGUCAAAAUGCUUUGACUCGAGAUUCAGUCUGAGUUCCAUUCCCAACCAACUGAUUCUGGUGCAUUUCAGCGUAUACAAGGCCAAACCCUUGUCAGUCAGAGCUGGUCUAGCCUGCUUUGGUGUGUAUUGUUCAUAACUGAGAUUCCAGGUUUAAGUGCAGGCUCAUUAUUAUAAAGAAAUAUAAAAAAAUAAGGUUUUGUAAGGAGUGUGGGAGAGCGAGAAAGGGAAGGAGAGAAUGAAAGAGCGAGAGAACUAGAUAGACAGGCUAUGCUCGGUGUUGAAGACAUAGUAAGGAAAGGAGUGCAGUGAAUAACAAUUACCUGGAUUGGUUAACCUAUAACCACAACCUUCCGACCACACGGUCAUCCAAAAUUACAUAAGUAUUCAGACUCUCCUUGACAGUCCAUCAAAAUGCAUCUGCUCCUCUUGUCAGCUUUCUCUGUUUCCAGCCUGCCUGUCAGAAUAGCAGUUUUCUCCCCAUUGUGUGGUCUGGUUUUACAACAGUAACUGCAUAUAGAUGUGGAUGAAAGCCAUUGAAAUGUUUGAAAUGUCAUGCCAUGGGAAAGCCUAUGCAUGUGUAUUUCCUGUAUACAUUCUCAUAACCCAUAUUUAAGUAUAUUACACACAAAAACAACUGUGUAUAAUCUAGAGGGCUCUGCAGCUUAUAAAUGGUAUACAAUAUUAUCAAGGGCCUUCCUAUUUAAUCACCAAAUGCUGAUGUAUUGAAAGUACUUUCCAUUGUAUUUACAAUGGGAACAGAGCAAGGAAAGGAUUCAUGAUUUCAAAUGAAUCAAGAGGUUGGGUGUUGGGUUGCUAUACUUUGCUGGUUCUCCUUGACCAACCAUUACCAUAUCCUUGCGAUCUCUGUUUUUACCAUCAUUAUAACCUUCCAUGUAACCGUAGUUUUAUAUAUGGCUACGUGUAUGUAACUAUCCAUGUAAAGAAACCCUGCAGUGUCUGUCUUAUCCCCAUGUCAUCAGAUCUGGAUUAAGGGCAGAUUGGCGUAAAUCUCAAAUAGUAGAAAUCUCGAAUGACAUCAAUGCAUGAGUAGAUGAGUGUUGCUUUAUGGUUUUAUUAUUCCUUCAUGUGUCUCUUUCUGUGUGUGUGUGUGUCUCUCUUUCUCUCUCACUCAGUAACUCUAGCCCUUUUCUCUCUGCCACCACCUCUCACUGCCUGCCCACAUGUCUGGUGAUGCUGCCACAGCUCCCCCUCUCCUCACUGAGACCUGACACCUGUCUGAAG